AUGGCGCCCCAUUCUCCCAAACCAUCAUCUGCUGGCGUUUUACCUAUCUCUCCGUUGGCCGCUCAGAGAGGAUCAUCGAACAAACCAAGUCCCAAGCCUGCGGCACCUCAGUUGAAGGUACUUAUUCGAAGGCUUCCGCCUGGUCUAACGGCCCAGGAAUUUGUAGCAGUCCUGGGCGAUGAGUGGAAGGUCGGGAAUGGUAAAGUUGAUUGGUUUCGCUUCAAGGAAGGAAAGGUUUUUAAAGACCCGGCAAAGCCUUCUCGACCUACGAGGGCAUAUCUACGUGUUACAUCUAUACCGCUAGUUGACGAAUUAUCCGAAAAGGUCCGGGUAUCCGCAUUUCAGGAUGGACGGAAUACAAGUCGUGAUCCUAUACUCCUUGGGCCACCUUCUCUUGAAUAUGCCCCUUAUCCCCGUGUUCCCGGAAGUAGGGUUCGGAAGGAUGGCCGCCAGGGAACAAUAGACCUGGAUUCCGACUUCAUCACAUUCCUUGAGAGCCUAACCAAUCCCGUCACCAAAUCUGUUGCUGAUAUUGCAGCCGAUGAUACAAGAGAGGAGAAACCAACAAUAACACCAUUAAUCCAAUUUUUAAAGGAGAAAAGGGCAAACAAGGGCAAGGAGACUAGUUCUCCAGCUAGACCUUCACGCCACAGUCGCGGCGAGGCGAGGGAAGGGAAGGACGCCAAGGUGGAACGGGUCCAUGCUAGGAAGUUGUUAAGCCGAGCAGAAAAGGCUACUCCUUCACCAGGAGACAGACCUAAAAUCGAGAGGGCUACUAAGCAAUCCAUUAAAGCAGUUAACAAACAGACUGCUAACCAAAUGUCAAAGAAACCACGGAAGGCAAGUGAAUCGCUGUCGCCAAAGGAAGAACGGCCACCCCCGACAGUAAUCGCUCCAGAGCGCAGGCGAGAGCGAGGGAGUAUGAGUGCCGCCACAAAAAUUCUACGACGGGACCUUGGGCUUGCUCCGGCUGCUCCACGCAGAAGGGCCGAGAAGCUAGCUAACAGCGCAACCACAGAACCACCACUAACAGGUGAGGCUGACGGGGCUCCUGUGCAUUCGAAUGAGGAUGGCAGCAAACGAACUUCCACGAAAGCCAGCAAAGAAGCUGAAUCUACCAGGAAACCUGCACUUGCGAAACAGGCAAAGGGCGCACUACAACCCAGCGCAGUGACGGGCCGUAAUACAAGCAAAUCGGCAAACAGACCAGUGACCCCAACAACGGUUACAGUUUCAUCGGUAUCCAAGCACAAUCCUACACUAGCCUCUGCACAGGCGGUUCCUCAUUCUACCGCUACACAAGCCUUUUUGAAACAUGCUAAUCCAUCCCAAGGGGUGACUGAGGAACUUCUUGUGGCCGGCUUUGCUACGUUUGGGAAAGUCGUGAAGGUGGAGAUAGACAAGAAGAAAGGGUUUGGGUAUGUGGACUUUGCGGAACCGGGCGGGUUGGCCAAGGCUAUCCAAGCCAGUCCCGUCCAGAUAGCACAAAGCCAAGUUGUAGUACUGGAGAGAAAAUCGGGAGCUGCUGUUGCACAGGCAAGGGUGAAUGCCAGCAAUCGGCCGAGCCAAUCUACCAUGGGUUCUGCUCCACGGGUUGUGUCUAGUGGUGGAGGGCAAACGCCUUCACGACCGACUCGUCGGGGGAAUAGAGGCAAGGGCGGGUCUAAGGAAACCGGAGUGGGCGGAGGAAAUGCUGGUAGCAAUGCUGGUGGGGGAAAUAAAAUCGGCACCUCUAAAUGAGAAGAGCGACAACAUUCAUAUCUAGUACUUUAAAUGUAUUAUAAGACACAAAAUGAUGUUAUCGUACCAACGGGAGGAUAGUUGAGAUUCACCUAUUGCGACACAGGAAUAUACAUAACGUAGGUCGUUGGGAUUAAUUCCCCAUAGUACAGUACAAUUAAGAGGAAAAAUAUCUUGCUCCAUGACCUCAGUAAUGGACGGUCAACAGC